AUGCUAAAAAUCUCAGAAGACCAAAUCAGAAUCAUCGGCAACGUUCUGAACAACCCUUCAAGACCAUUAAAAGAAAGAUUCAGGGCUCUAUUUACACUCAGAAACGUUGGAGGACCAGUGGCAAUAGAAUGUAUUGAAAAAUGCUUUACUGAUGAAUCAGCAUUGCUUAAGCAUGAAUUGGCUUAUUGCUUAGGGCAAAUGCAAGAUGUUACAGCCAAUCCUAUAUUGGUAAAGGUUUUGGAAGAUGUUGGUCAACAUCCUAUGGUCAGACAUGAGGCUGCUGAGGCCUUAGGUGCUAUUGGUAGUCCCUAUGUCUUAGAAACCCUAGAAAAAUACACCAAAGACCCUAGUGUUGAAGUAGCUGAAACUUGCCAAUUGGCUGUAGAAAGGUUGCAUUGGCUUAAAAACCCUGAGACUAAGAAUCUUUCUGAAAAUCCUUAUAAUUCUGUAGAUCCAGCUCCUCCAGCCACUUUGCAAAGUGUAGCAGAACUAAAAACAAUUCUCAUUAAUGAAAAUGAAACAUUAUUCAACAGAUAUAGGGCAAUGUUUUCUUUGAGAAAUCUCAGAAGCAAAGAAGCAGUAGAAGCUCUAGGGGAAGGCCUCAAACAUGGUAGUGCCUUGUUCAAACAUGAAGUGGCUUUUGUAUUGGGCCAACUACAAGACGAACAUAGUGUUAAAUAUCUUCAAGAGUCUUUGGAAGAUGGUCAAGAAAAUGAAAUGGUCAGGCACGAGUGUGCAGAAGCUUUAGGAGCUAUAGCUACAGAAGAAUGUAUGACUGUUUUGAAUAAAUACCUAACUGAUGAUAAAAGAGUGGUAAAGGAAAGUUGUGAAAUUGCUUUGGAUAUGUGCGAAUAUGAAAAUAGUCCAGAGUUUCAGUAUGCAAAUACACUUUUUGCCUCGUAA